CGUCGUUUUGGCAUGCCUUGAGAAUUAAUCUAUCUCACCGUCAGGCUUUGAGUAUCACUGCUCUUCACUCCCUUCACAAACACUCAUAUCCUCCUAUUUAUCCUCGGCAACCACCUCCUCGCUGCUUCUAAUCUUCCACUGUCCGACCACUCAUACGCACCUCCUCCAUACCCUUUUUCUUUAUCACCCGCUGACCCACCACAUUUUUAUCAGACAUAUUUUAUUCAACUAAUGAUUGAAUGAGUCCUUGAGUUCCGUUAUUGCAUUUCCCAUUGGCAGGGUUGACUCGGGUACUAGCCACUUUAUCAAAAACAUGCUUAGGAGUCUAUGUUCUAACCAGAAAUAGAAUCUGGGUUUGUUGCACGCCAAUUGUUCGAUGAAAUGGCUAAAUGACAGAUAAGUAGAAAACUUAGCUUGCUCGGUUGCUUUCCUAAUUCCUGGGAAUGGAUUGUAGGUUAUUGACUGCUGGCUUCCAUUCAACUCCAUAUGGGAAUUUUGUAAGGAAUAGCAGAGUGAUUUUGAUGGGAUAUUCCAAAACAAGGAGAAAGCUAACAAAGAACCUUCGUUAUCCAAUGCGUUCUAGGCUUCCCCCAAACCUUGGGACGAAUCUGUUUUUGAAGAAUAAGAAAACUCGAAAGGAAACCUAUCACCCGGAUAUGACCAAUGAAGAAGGUGAGGAAAAAGAUGGAGAUGAAGAUGAUGGUAAUGAGAUUGUUUGGGGUCCGGAUGAAAUUGAGGCUAUUACAUCACUUUUCCAAGGGAGAAUACCUCAAAAGCCUGGGAAGUUGGGUAGAGAGAGAACGCUUCCACUCCCACUUCCUCACAAGCUUCGACCUUUGGGGCUUCCUACACCCAAGAAACGUGUAAAAAUGGCGACUACCCCAGGGACAACGUUUUCUCGUUCUCCUCUAUCCAAGCAUGUUUAUAAGAGUCCUGGUGUUCUAAUCGGCCUAGCUCGAGAGAUUAAAAACCUUCCGGCAGAGAAAGAUGUGUCCUUAGUUCUCAACAAGUGUGUAAAGUUUCUACGAAAGGGGUCCUUGUCGAUGACAGUUCGGGAACUGGGUCAUCUAAAUCUUCCUGAAAGAGCUUUGCAGACAUUCUGUUGGGUUCAGAAACAACCUCAUCUCUUCCCAGAUGACCGGAUUUUGGUUUCUACCAUUGAGGUGCUGGCGAGGAACCAUGCACUGAAAGUUCCAUUUGAUUUGAAGAGGUUUGUUGGCUCGGCUAGUCAAAGUGUGAUUGAGGCAAUGGUAAGAGGAUUCACCAAAGGAGGUAGCUUGCAUCUUGCUUGGAAGUUUUUAUCAUUGGCAAAGGAUAAUGAUAGAAUGUUAAAUUCCAGUGUAUAUGCUAAAGUAAUUAAUGAGCUUGGAAAGAACCCUGAUAAAUACGCUCUUGUUGAGACCUUAUUAAAUGAGCUCGGAGAUAGACAGGACUUGACUUUGAGCCAGCAGGACUAUACAGCUAUAAUGAAAGUAUGCAUUAGACUAGGAAAAUUUGAAACUAUUGAGAGCAUAUACGAAUGGUUUAAACUAUCUGGGCAUGACCCGAGUAUUGUUAUGUAUACAACACUGAUUCAUAGUCGCUGUUUAGAGAAAAAGUAUAGGGAGGCAUUAGCUGUGGUUUGGGAAAUGGAGGAAUCAAAUUGUCUUUUUGAUCUUCCAGCUUAUCGUGUGGUGAUAAGACUUUUUGUUGCUCUGAAUGAUCUCUCAAGGGCUUCAAGAUACUUUUCAAAGUUGAAAGAAUCAGGUUUCUCACCCACAUAUGAUAUUUACAAGGACUUGAUUAAUCUUUACAUGGUUUCUGGGAGGUUGGCCAUGUGUAAGGAUGUCUGCAAGGAAGCUGAGGUAGCAGGAUACAAAUUGGAUAAACAAGUAAAUUCACGACUGUUGCAAUUAGGAAGGGCAAAACCGGUGAAGAGUUUUUUAAAUUCUGAUCUGAUGAACAAAUAGUGUCUAAACUAUUUCUUUGAAAAAGAGAAACAAAUAGUUUUAGUUCUAAAGUUCUUUGAUAGCAUUUCCCUGUAAAUUAUGUUGUAUUGAAGAUCUAUGUCUAUGACCCCUUGAACAAUAAUCUUUCCAAUUAAUUUGUCAAGAAGCUUUAAAAUAUAA